AUGCCUAACCCUCCUUCAUUCAAGUCACAUAAGCAGAACAUAUUCAACUCCAACAACAAUCAGCACAGAAACAGUGUAGAUUCUUUUGACUUACAUCUCGACGAUUCAUUUGAGGCUGCCUUAGACAAUUUACAAAUUGAUAAUAACCCAGAACCGCUUAGUAAGCAUAAUACUGUUGGAGAUAGAGAAAGUUUUGAAAUGAGAACGGUAGAUGAUUUUUCCAAUCAUUCUACAGAUUCACAUCGUAAGUCUUCAAAUACAGAUACCCGUCCUUUGAUGUACGACAAUCGCCUUUCACAAGAUGAUAGUUUCAAAUUUACUAAUAUUGCUUCAUCACCAACGUCAUCUUCAAAUAAUGUAUUUUCGAAAGCCCUCUCAUUUUUGAAGAUACCUAACACUAAAAAUUGGUCCAAGUUCGGAUCUCCCAUAGAGCUCAGUGAUCAGCAUAUAGAGAGAGAAAUACACCCAGAUACAACCCCUGUAUAUGAUAGAAAUAGAUACGCGUCUAACGAACUAUCUAAUGCGAAGUAUAAUGCUGUGACUUUUGUGCCAACUUUAUUGUAUGAACAGUUCAAGUUUUUUUAUAACUUAUACUUCUUGGUAGUCGCAUUAUCGCAGGCAGUUCCUGCAUUAAGAAUAGGGUAUUUAUCAUCAUAUAUUGUACCUUUAGCGUUUGUUCUCACAGUUACAAUGAUAAAGGAAGCUAUAGAUGAUAUUCAAAGGAGAAGACGUGAUAGAGAAUCGAAUAAUGAAUUGUAUCAUGUAAUAACGAGGAACCGUUCCAUUCCAAGUAAAGAUUUGAAAGUUGGAGAUCUCAUAAAAGUUCAUAAGGGUGAUCGUAUUCCUGCUGAUUUGGUCCUUUUACAAUCAAGUGAGCCAUCUGGGGAGUCAUUCAUAAAGACAGAUCAGCUGGAUGGUGAAACUGACUGGAAAUUACGUGUUGCAUGUGCCUUAACUCAAAAUCUAUCCGAAAACGACCUAAUUAACAGAAUUAGUAUAACUGCGUCAGCUCCUGAGAAGUCCAUUCACAAGUUUCUGGGUAAAGUUACUUACAAGGACUCCACUUCAAAUGCUUUAUCUGUCGAUAAUACCUUGUGGGCAAACACUGUUCUGGCUUCCAGUGGAUUCUGUAUUGCUUGCGUUGUUUACACGGGUAGAGACACUAGGCAAGCUAUGAAUACAACUUCGCCUAAGGUAAAGACUGGUUUACUGGAACUGGAAAUCAACAGUAUUUCUAAAGUUCUUUGUGCAUGUGUUUUUGCUCUUUCUAUCCUUUUGGUAGCAUUUGCCGGUUUUCACAAUGAUGACUGGUAUAUCGAUAUUAUGAGAUACCUAAUCUUGUUCUCGACCAUCAUCCCCGUGUCACUAAGAGUUAAUUUAGACUUAGCCAAAUCUGUUUAUGCGCAUCAGAUCGAACACGAUAAGACUAUUCCUGAAACGAUUGUCAGAACGAGCACAAUUCCAGAGGAUUUAGGUCGUAUUGAGUAUCUUUUGAGUGAUAAAACGGGAACACUUACUCAGAAUGAUAUGCAGCUGAAAAAAAUUCAUCUUGGUACCGUAUCAUACACGUCAGAAACAUUAGAUAUUGUGUCCGACUAUGUUCAGUCUUUGGUAGACUCUAAAACAGAUUCUUUGAAUAAUUCUAAAGCUCCCCUAUCAACAACAAGGAAAGAUAUGUCCUCACGUGUACGUGAUAUGUUGAUCACUUUAGCAAUCUGUCAUAACGUUACGCCCACAUUUGAAGAUGAUGAACUCACUUAUCAAGCAGCAUCACCAGAUGAAAUAGCUAUUGUUAAGUUCACCGAAUCCGUUGGCUUGUCCCUUUUCAAAAGAGAUCGUCAUUCAAUCUCUUUAUUACAUGAACAUUCUGGGAAAACCUUAAACUACGAAAUUUUGCAAGUCUUCCCUUUCAAUUCGGAUUCCAAGCGUAUGGGUAUCAUUGUCAGAGAUGAACAACUGGACGAAUACUGGUUUAUGCAAAAAGGUGCUGAUACAGUUAUGGCAAAAAUUGUGGAAAGCAAUGAUUGGUUAGAGGAAGAAACAGGUAAUAUGGCUCGUGAAGGUUUACGUACCUUGGUCAUUGGACGCAGAAAAUUAAACAAGAAAAUUUAUGAACAAUUUCAAAAAGAAUACAAGGAUGCCUCCUUGUCAAUGCUGAAUCGUGAUCAACAAAUGAGUCAAGUAAUUGCCAAGUAUUUAGAACAUGAUCUUGAAUUAUUAGGUUUAACCGGUGUGGAAGAUAAGUUACAGAAGGACGUGAAAUCCUCCAUCGAAUUACUGAGAAACGCUGGCAUCAAGAUUUGGAUGUUGACAGGUGACAAAGUGGAGACAGCCCGCUGUGUUUCCAUAAGCGCUAAAUUAAUUUCUCGUGGCCAGUAUGUUCAUACCAUAACCAAAGUGGCCAGGCCAGAGGGUGCUUUUAAUCAACUGGAAUAUCUAAAAAUCAAUAGAAAUGCUUGCCUUUUAAUAGAUGGUGAGUCCUUGGGGAUGUUUUUGAAACAUUACGAACAAGAGUUCUUUGACGUUGUAGUGCAUCUGCCAACCGUUAUUGCCUGCCGUUGUACACCCCAACAGAAGGCUGAUGUUGCUUUGGUAAUUCGUAGAAUGACGGGUAAAAGGGUGUGUUGUAUUGGUGAUGGUGGUAAUGAUGUUAGCAUGAUUCAAUGUGCGGAUGUUGGUGUUGGUAUCGUGGGUAAGGAAGGUAGACAGGCCUCACUAGCUGCCGACUUUUCUAUCACACAAUUUUGUCAUCUUACCGAGUUGCUGCUGUGGCACGGUAGAAACUCUUAUAAAAGAUCCGCCAAAUUGGCUCAAUUUGUUAUGCAUAGAGGUUUAAUCAUUGCCAUUUGUCAAGCAGUAUAUUCCAUUUGCUCAUUGUUUGAACCUAUUGCACUAUAUCAAGGUUGGUUAAUGGUAGGUUAUGCUACUUGUUAUACAAUGGCUCCAGUCUUUUCAUUAACACUUGAUCACGAUAUUGAAGAGUCAUUAACAAAAAUAUAUCCAGAACUGUACAAAGAGUUGACAGAAGGUAAAAGUUUAUCAUAUAAAACAUUUUUUGUGUGGGUUCUACUAUCAUUGUUCCAAGGUUCCGUAAUUCAGUUAUUUUCGCAAACUUUUACGAGUUUAUUAGAGGAUGAUUUCACUAAAAUGGUUGCUAUCAGUUUUACUGCUUUAGUUGUAAAUGAGUUGGUCAUGGUUGCUUUAGAGAUUUACACAUGGAAUAAAACCAUGUUUGUCACUGAAGUUGCUACGUUACUGUUUUACAUUAUAUCUGUUCCAUUUCUCGGCGAUUAUUUCGAUUUACGUUCUAUGACUACCGUAAAAUACUAUGCUGGACUUUUAGUCAUCUUGCUCAUUUCAAUCUUUCCCGUUUGGACGGCAAAGGCAAUUUAUAGAAGAUUACAUCCUCCAAGUUAUGCAAAAGUGCAAGAAUUCGCUACCCCAUGA